AUGAAGCUAAAGGCUCGACCAACUAUAAAGCUUGGAGUUCCCAGCUGGUUUAACAGAAUAAAUUCGGUUUCAUUCAACGCUUCUUUUCGAAUUGCUACGACCUCCGAUCUUCAGAAAUCCCAAUUGACCAUGCAAGCUCGCGCUUAUAGAGCUUGCGAGACCUGUCGCAGGAGUAAGAGUCGCUGCACUGGGGGACCUCCAUGUGAGACUUGCCUCAAACGUGAAAGCCAGACUUGUGAAUUUAUCGCCACUGCACCUCGCAGUAAAUCGUUUGGACAGAACGCAAGGCUGAACAUCGAUGCAUGUCUCCGUUGCCGCAGAAAGAACGCAAUUUGCACGGGAGGGCCGCCCUGCGAGGAAUGCGUCGAGGGAAGUGACAUGUGUUCAUUUGAUACUGAACGUCACAGAGAAGACCACCUACAUAAAGGUCGCAGUUCAGCCUGCAUACCGUGCCGCAUACGGAAAACUCGUUGCACCGGCAGAGUGCCUCCUUGUGAAGCCUGUACUACCCGCGGGUCUGAAAGUACUUGCGAGUUUGUCAAGAGGACGAAAGGUGACCUCGAAACUACGACGAUGCAUAUACAACAUCAAUCCGAUAGCGCUGCCAAGCCAUACUGGAAUGACGUUACGGAAACAGAGCCAAUACAACAGCAUGAGAGCACCCUCAACGUAGGGACCGACAAUGCGCGGUCACCCUACACUUUGACCGCGCAUGGCACGAGGAGCGUACGUCGCAGCGAGUCACUCGGCUGCAGCGAACAACUUUCCACAAGCAGGAGUAUAAUCUCCCUGUCAGAUUUGAGCGAAACUUCCAGCCUGGAACCUUCUGAUUCAGAUGGGAGUUCUCACGCAUCUUCUCAGACAGGCUGCUCUUCAUACGACGAACUACUCCACGUCCUUCCAAGCCGCCAGAUGAUCGAUUCUUUGAUAUUAUUUUGUGUCGUCAACGCUGCCCAGUUCGAAACCGAGUACGAGGCUUUCUGCUGCAACACUCAAGUUGGGACGCCAUCUUGGCCAUCUUUGCUUUUUGCAAUCCUAGUACUAGGCUGUCGGGCUGAAGAAGAUUCCAAAAUACUCUAUCUCUCCGACGACCUGUCGAUUUUCUACGAGAAAGUUGCCUGGCACUGUUUGUUGACCAGCGACUCGCCGUCCGAGCCAUCACUCAGUGCGUUGAAAGCAAUCGUACUUAUUAUCUAUGCUCGCACACACCGCGGGCAGGAUGUAUUCAGUGAUCCACAACUGGCUUAUCGCAUGGCGGCUUCUACCAAAGGUCAUAUCGACAACGGGCAGCAUGUGGUUGAGCCCACGGACAGCGAGGAAUAUCGAUGCCUAUUGACGGGCAUGAAAACACUUUCCCUUCUCAAUGCCCAAGUACACGACUACUACCGCAACCAGGAUCUCAUACAGGGUUUGCUCCCUCCAGCUGAUAUUUAUGAGUCCACUGGAAGACCCAAUCUAUCACUGGGCGUUGAAGAAUCACCUCCGCAGAUGACUUUUACCAUCUUGAAUUUGCAACUUUUGAAAAUAUCUCAUACGAUCUUCAUGAGCGCAGAGAUUGGUUUCAAGUCCGAAUGGAGCCUGCAUGGACUUGAGACUGAGCUAUUCCGCAUGGAGAAACACUGCAGCGAGGUCUACGCCAACCUUGGUCAAUUUGAUUCCCAGUUGGGUUCUCAUCAAGGCAGCCAUGGUAUACUGCAUUGCUACAUCAACUAUCUGCUUCAUCUUGUCUUCUUGCUUGAUCUCAAUCGAUACCUAGAUGGGGAAAUUACACCUGACACACGAAUAUCUCGAUCGAAGUGCAUUACUUUUGCAAAGGCUUCGUUGCGGAAUUUUAACCUUUUGGCUGAGGAUAUGGAGUGUAAAUCUUAUGCUUGGUAUAUUCGAGGUGUUGGAAGUUACUACGCCGAACGAUCAGCACUUACCCUCACCAGAUGCCUUGCAGGGUUUGAAGAAGAAGAUCAAGACGGAGAAGCCAGGCGUAUCCUGGACCAUACGUUGGGAAUAUUCUCUGCAUUAUCGGACCGCAGUGUCUUUUCCGCAAGAGGAGCCUUCAUUCUUGAUGAUCAAUGUAUGCCUAUUCCAUUCAAUAACUACCCCUCCCGCCUUGGUCUCUGA